CUUGAAUCAGAUGAUGAAGCAGUGCUAUGAAAGGGAAGUAAACAUUUUCAAGGAGAGAAGAAAUCACUUAGAAACACUGAAGACCAGGAGGAGAUGGCAGAUGAAGUGAUCACAAUUCCCUGUUCUGUAUGCCAGGAUGAAAUUAGUCUACCUGAAUUGUUCCUUCAUAAAAAACAACAUGUAGCUCUGUAUACACUGGGCUUUGAAUGGAAAAAUAGAAAUAAAUUAGCACGCUCGGAUAUUGCUGAUCAUCGACAGGAUAUAAUUACUAAACUACUGUCACUUCAGAUAUUCAAUGAAAAAACUCUCCAGAACAUUAAUGAUGCUUUUGAGUUACUUUGGAACAAACAAUGGUCAAGCAAAUAUAUGAUCGCUGAUUACAUUCAGAAAAGUGCUAUCCAAUCCGAGCACGCGUGCCAUCUAUUGAUUAAAGGAGUAGCCAUUUGUAAUGACAGGAAUACUACAUGGAAAGCGAGCAUGAAUGAUCGAUUCACCAUAGUGAAUGAUUUUGGCCAAAAACCAAAUGUGUGUUUUUUGGGUUUGUUUGAUGGACAUCAUGGUGCUGCAGCAGCAGAUUUGACAGCAAUGGAACUCCCCAUUUUACUCCUUCACCAGCUUGCCCAGUUUGAUCCUUCUUACCAAAUGACCCCGGAAGAGCAAAGGUUGAUCAAUUCCUUUUACACUGUGUUUCGAAAAGAAUAUGUGCACCUAGAAGAAUUCUUCUCCAGAAGUAAAACGAAAGAAAAGAAGUGUGGGUACAUGAACAUACACAAAGCUUUUGCAAAAGCAUUUUGGAGAAUGGAUAGGCUGUUACGUCUUGGAAGGAAAGAAGAAUCCAGGGUUCGGUGGAGUGGCUGUUCUGCUGUUACUUGUCUACUGGAAGGGCAGAUUAGAUAUCCCGGUGUUGACCUGAAGUUGGGUGAAGAUGAACAUCUGAUGGUAGAGAAACUUUUUUCCCAGAAGAUGCCUCAAAUAAUUUCUGGAGUAUUACAUGUUGCAAAUACGGGUAAUGCUGAAGCACUCUUAUGUAGAAAUGGGAAAGGCUUUUGCCUAACUAAAGAACAUACUACACGAAAUAUCCACGAACGCAGAAGAGUUCUUCAGAAGGGAGCUGCAAUUACUUCCAACGAACCAUAUGGGCUCAUAGAAGGGCAAGCAAGAAUAACACGAGGACUUGGAUUUCAUGGAAAUCCCAAACUGAAAAAAGUCAUUAUUCCAGCACCCCAAACUAUUUCUGUCCCUAUAGAUGAUUUAUGUCAAUUCCUUAUUUUGGCUACUAAUGGACUUUGGGAAGUUCUAGAUAAAAAGGAAGUUACUGCAUUAGCAAUAACAAUAUUUCAAGAAUAUAAAGAGACCUACCAUUCACAUAUACAGAAAAGGGCACAAACCAAAGGAUCUCUGCUUUCCCCACACAAUGAAGCAGGGAUAUCAAAAAGUAGCAGUAACAAACUGCAUCAAUCUAAAUCUGCACCUAAAAGUACAGUAUCAAUUAUAAGUCCAAGGGUUACUUUAUCUGAUUCAACAUUACUUCAAGGUUUCAUCAGUAACUCUAAAAAUACAAAAACUCUUCUACCGAAAAUGACUGGUUUUGAAAGUGAACCUGACCAACAUUCUGCACCAGAAGUUUCAAGUGGAAAAGAACAAGAAACUAGCCCUCAGAAUUUCUACAAAAGAGGAGCUGAAUAUAUCAGUCACGAACUUGUAAAUGCAGCAUUAGCAGCUGGCUCCAGAGAUAACAUUACAGUUAUGGUAAUACUUUUCAGUGGAAUGGAGUAUCAAUUUUAUCUAUAA